AUGACAGGCUCUGGAAAGAGAGGAAUGACAAGAAAGCUGAGCGUGACCGGCUUCGUCGACGUGCUGAGGCACAGGUCACAGGCUGCUUAUGAGAAGGCAAAGAGGAGCGAGCAAUCACCAACUGGAGGCAUGCCUGGUGGUUUCCCUGGCGGUGGUAUGCCUGGAGGAAUGCAUGGUGACUUUCUUGGAACUGCCAAGAGGCUGCUGUGUUCCACAGCAUCAGCUGAAUACAUAUCUGAGGUCCUCGAUGACGACAAUAUAAGUUCCUCACAAGUGCCAGCAACACCGCUGGACAGUGAUGACCUGCUGGAGAUGAUCAUCCUCCACCUCCCUCUUCAGCCGUCCUCCCUCCCCCGCGCCUCCCUUGUCUGCAAGCGCUGGCACAGCCUCCUCUCCGAUCAGAAUUUCACAGCAUGCUACCGCAAACACCACCGGAAGGCUCCUCUGUUGGGCUUCUUUGCUGGGUUUGAUGAAACGAGCCUCAACUUCGUUCCUUUCCCUGACACGGAAUCCAACAGCAUCCCCAUCCCCACCGAGCGCUUUGCCGUGCCCGAGAGCAGCAGACACUCCUACUUCUGGAGCUUCUUGGGCUGCCGCCAUGGGCUCGCUGUCCUGCUCAAUGAGAGCCUGCGCAAGGUAGUCGUGUGGGACCCCCUGACCGGACAGCAGCACCGCGUGUCUUUUCCACAGGAGCUCUCCAACGAAAUCUUCGACGAAGAUGGUGAGUUCAUACUCUGGCAGUGGCACGCCGCGGUGCUGUGUGCUGAUACCGAGGAGGGGCGCAUUCAUGGCGAUUGUUUCUCGAGCCCGUUUAAGUUGGUGCUUAUCCGCAGCGGACAGUCAGAAGGAUAUUUCAGUACUCUACCGACAUAUGCCUGCCUCUACGAUUCAGCGUCUGGUGGGUGGGGAGAUGUUGUCUCGACGGACGCUAGAGACUUGAUUCUAACGACGAGCUCUAGCAUUCUCACUGGAAAUGCAUUUUAUUGGUUAUUUCAGAGAGGUGAUAUCCUGGUAUUUGAUAUUGAACGGCAGAGCCUUGGUUUGAUUAAGAAGCCAGCAUGCGCCCCUCGUCCAAACCACUCAAACUUCCAGCUGUUACGGACAGAUAAUGGUAGUGGUCUUGGCUUGGCAGUAAUGUCAAACUCGAGCAUCCAACUGUGGGAAAGGAAAUCAAACUAUGAUGGCGUUGUUGAAUGGGUGCUGCUUCAGAAAAACUUUCAAUUGGAGAGGCUCUAUCAGAAGGGAAUGCGUAGCAAGCUCCAAGAGGAAUAUCUGGUGGGAUAUGAGGCAGAUCUGGUGGGAUACGAUGAGGAAUCAAAUGCACUUGUUCUGGCUAUGGAUUUUGGCGUGUUCAUGCUUGAACUUGACUCGAUGCAGUUCAGAACUCUUUCUAAAAGCUCACGUUGGGGUACCAAGAUCCACUAUCCAUACAGAAAUUUCUUUACUGCAGGUAAGGGUGUUGGCUGGAGACGGGCUGUUCUGGACCUGUGA